GAUUAAAACGGGAGCCACUCGAUCAGAAGCUAUUGUAUUUCGACAACAUUCAGCGCCGAGACGACCGAAAAGAGAGAUUUUCCCAUCAGAAACAACUCAUCUAUAAGUAAUUGAAAAGAUCACGAGUUUAGCUUAGCGACGAAGUGAGUUUGAACCGAGAUCUUUGACCUUAUUUUGUAGAUAAAGAGAGCGAUUGUUUUAGCACAGCCGACCUCAGUUUUGCAUUUCGUGCUCGGAUUUUUCUCUCAGGUCUCAGCCCUUAUUUAGAUGGCAAGCUUCCCAGACUCUGUAAACGAAAAUGAUUUAGGUAAGGCUAAGUUCGUCGGUGAACUGCUGGUGCCGGUCGCUCCCUUUGACCAGAAGUCCGGGCGCGAGGCGUGGACCGUGGCCUUCGCUCCCAAUGGUUCCUACUUCGCUUGGUCUCAGGGGCAUCGAAUCGUCAAGCUCGUGCCGUGGACAAAAUGCCUGAAAGACUUCGCUUUGGGGCAGAGCAGCCAGGGCACAGACGCAGGUCCCAGACGGCUCUCCAGGCAGAACAGCAGUGAGGCCCUGAUCCCUCUGAACGAGCCCCGCGAGCGCACCAUCGACUGCGGGGACAUUGUGUGGGGACUGGCCUUCGGGUCAUCGGUGCCGGAGAAGCAGAGCCGCUGCGUGAACAUCGAAUGGCACCGCUUUAAGUUCGGCCAGGACCAGCUUCUCCUCGCCACGGGCCUCAACAACGGACGCAUCAAGAUAUGGGACGUCUACACAGGAAAGCUCUUGCUGAACCUGAUGGAUCACACUGAUGUGGUCCGUGACUUGACCUUUGCCCCCGACGGGAGCCUCAUGUUGGUUUCUGCGUCUCGAGACAAGACCCUCAGAGUCUGGGACCUCAAGGACGACGGUAACAUGGUAAAAGUGUUGCGUGGUCACCAGAACUGGGUCUACUGUAGCGCCUUCUCUCCGGACUCCUCCAUCCUGUGCUCGGUGGGCGCCGGCAAAGCAGUGUUCCUAUGGAACAUGGACAAAUACACUCUGCUCCGGAAGCUCGAGGGACACCACAAUGACGUGGUGUCAUGUGAGUUCUCACCAGACGGGGCGCUGUUGGCCACCGCCUCCUACGACACCCGCGUCAUCGUGUGGGACCACCACAAGGCCACCAUCCUGCUCGAGCUCGGACACCUGUUCCCUCCUCCCUCUCCCAUUUUCGCGGGAGGUUCAAACGAUCGUUGGGUUCGCUCCGUGAGCUUCUGUCCUGACGGUCGGCACAUCGCCAGCAUCACUGAUGACAGGUUGGUGCGUUUCUGGAGCAUUGAGCAGCGCGCCCCUCAGGCCAUCGCGGCUCUGCCCAACGGCCUGUGCUGUGCCUUCUCUCCUGAAGGGGGCGUCCUGGCUGCCGGCACCCGAGACGGCGGCGUCCACUUCUGGGAGUCCCCGCGCUCCGUGUCCAGCCUGCAGCACCUGUGCCGAAUGACCCUGCGGCGGAUACUGACCACGCAGCAGGUGGAGUCGCUGGCCAUGCCCACCCCGCUGCGCGACUAUCUCACCUACAGAGUCAUCUGAAGACCGCCGCGCCCAAAUACACACACAAACUGAACUCUCUCUGCUACCUUUUUGUAUUUAUUUUUCCACACGCGUCAACUGGAGCCAGCACUAUCCAAAACUCUUAAGGUCAAUGUUUUCACGGUUUUCACAGUUGCAUCUUUUCCUCCUCUGACUUGAAAAGGCUGUUGCACUUACUGUAUAAUAUAUAACGGAGGCGGAAGUGGAGCUUGGGCCAAAGGGACGACUGCAGGGUUCAUGAAAAAAACAGACACUGGUUUGAAGGGUCUGUAGCUCUGGGGCCGAACAGAAUGAAGCAGGAACUUUUUUUAUUUUUUUUUUAUUUUGAAAGGCAGAUUUUUAUAUUUUAAUUUUUUGGUACUUUUUUUUUUUUUUUUUUUUUUUUUUUUUUUUUUUACAAAGUAGAUCGCCAUGUACUGCCUAAGUAGUUCUCAAAAACAAUGUACAGAUUAUUUUUAUUUUUUUUAUCACCUUAAUUUGCCUUGAAUAAUUUUCUUUUUGACGGAAAUUCAAUGAGAAACGCUCAACUUUUCUAACACAGUAGUCAACAGUGAAAUGUACAUUUACUCGUAGCAAUCAGUAAAGUAUUAAUUUGAUAUUAAAGUCGGAUUAUGUAACUUUUCUUUCCGCUUGCCCUCAUGGAUGUGGUUUUGCUUUCCGUGAAAACAUUCCAGACAAGCAAUAACAUCCAUGGAAACAAGCGUCAGAAAAGUUCCAUAUUGUAACUUUUUUUUAUAACUGUAGAUUGAUAAAAUUUGAAUAAUCCCAAUUUAGAAAAGGUUGUGAUGACAAUGAGAGAUUCUGUGCAAAACACUAAAGCUGUAGCCAUUUUUACGUGAAAUACAACUCCCUAUAGUCUUAUAAUAAAAUAGUUUUGUGCUCAACAUUUUAAUAGCAAAGUUUAAAAAAAUUAAAAUAAAAUAAAAACGCUUUUUUACCUAAAUAUAUAAACUUUAAUCCAAUGUUAUGAUCCUGAAAAGUAUUCCCUCUUGCAGUUGCCAAUUAAACUACGGUUGACUUGUGAAAAGCUCAAAACUUCCAAAUUUCUAGGUUCUUUGACUUAAAGCUGCACUGUGUCACUUUUCUAACGGAGCAUCUGCAGUCUGGUCGUCUCCGUGGAGAUGUUACCCCUUCGCCUGGAAUGUUCCGACAAUUAAACUUCGAGCAAAGUUUUACAGAGCUUUGAAAGAAAAAGUGACCCACAAAGUCUUUCUGAGCCGUAAAAAAAAAAUUUGUCGUUUUAAAAUUUCCAGAAAGACGAUUUAAUUUAAUGCAAUACUGCGGAACAUUCCAGGCAGAGCAAGCGAGAAGGACGUUUCCCCGGAAAAGUUACACAGCGAAACUUUAACGAUGUUAUUGUAGAAAAACUUGACGACUGUUCAGUGCCUUACGUCUAGUUUUUUAAAAUCGAUCGUCAGAACUAAAACAUUUUCCCAUUUGUCCAAGUCUCGUCUUUAUAUUUCAUUUCACCAAUUCUGAAAUCAAACGCUUCGUAGAAAGAAAUGUUCAAAAUCACCAGUGUUUUCGACCAAUUUCAUUUUGUACAUAAAAAGCUUCCAAAACGUUCACAUUCAAAACGUUCGUUUUUUUCCAGAUUUUUAUUUGAUUUUGAUUUCGUUUUUUUUUUCUACUUCGCUCACCUUGUCAAUGUGAAACUUCUACAGACCGCACUGUUUUUGUCAAACACCGGCCUCCAAUCAGCUCCUGAAGAAAAUGAAUGGACAACUUGCCUUUGAGUGAUUCUGUGUGUAAAUGUAUGAAUGAAUAAUGUUAUUUCAGUGGGACAUGUGAAUACUGGCAAUAACUAACGCUAGAAGCCAAAGUUUGUACAAAAAUGGUCAGGUUUUCUAUGUUUUUUUCAGUGUUUUUUUUCUCUAAAACUGGACAUCAGUGUAGUUUUUUUUUUUUUUUAAAGGGCACGCCAGGUCCACGUUGGGUUAAAUGCAGUACAGAGCGGUAAAUAUAUUAGAGAUGCUAUAUAAAUAUGAAUGUAAAGUUUCUGCAGUUGUCAUGUUUUUUUGUGUUUUUAGUUUGAAUAAAGUUUUUUGGAGAAAAUUA